AUGCCACGUCCUAGACGCCUCGAUGUCGCAAAAAUCCGGCAAGCCAGCACUGCCGAGGCCCUAAGCAGAGAAAUCCGGACCUGUUUUACGACCCGAGCCGACGGAGAAGUCACUAACCAGUGGUCGUCACUGAAGACCUCAGUCUAUGGGGCAGCUGAGAAAAUCCUUGGAUACACCCAGCGACGCCGCAGUGACUGGAUCAGCGGAAGAACCCUGAAGUUGUCUGCUCAGACGGCUAGAGCCAGGUCCCGCAACGAUGACUACUUCCGCCUACUUCGGAAGAUGACGGCAAAAUCGGCCAGGGAUGACCGGAAGCAAUAUUGGGCUGAAAUAGCGACUUCCAUGGAACAGGCCUCGAACGUUGGUGGCACUCGAAAGCUCUGCCGUCUGAUCCGCCAAGUAAGCGGUAAGCCCUCUACACUGAGUGACUCUGUUCGCGAUGUGAACGGCGGCUUCAUUGCUGACAACUCGGCCAAAGUCAAGCGCUGGCGUGAGCACUUUGAGCACCAUCUCAACUUCGAUACCCAACCUACAUCGCCCUUGUUCUCCUCAUCAGCGGAGUUUCUUCUCUCUCCUACCUAUGCAGUGGCAUGCGAUCCCCCCUCCGAGGAAGAAGUCGCCGAUGCCAUACGAAAGUUGCGCAACAAUAAGGCACCCGGAGAGGACGGUAUACCCGCUGAAAUCUUUAAGUCUUGUGCCGACACUCUGGCGCCCUGGCUCCAUGAGCUGAUUGAACGAGCGUGGAGAGACGAAGUUGUUCCUGAUGACUGGGGCUUAGGCAUCCUUGUACCUAUCCUCAAGAAGGGAGAUAAGACGAGAUGCGAGAACUACCGCGGCAUAAGUCUCAUCGACGUUGCUGCGAAAAUCUUCGCUAUUGUCCUACUCAGGCGAUUCCAGGCUGUGCGUGACUCAAGGACGAGGCCCAACCAAGCCGGAUUUCGUGCUGGACGUGGAUGCGCAGAUCAGAUGUUCACACUGAGGCGCAUUCUCGAAUUUCGCCAUAGCUAUCAACAACCGACGGCCGUCUGCUUCGUUGACUUUGCUGCUGCGUUCUGUGGCGGAUAA